AUGCCAUACUGGUGGAACGAGGAAGAAGAGAUCCGUCGGACGACGACUGGCAAAUGGAGCCGAGCCCUCAUUGCAGUCCGAUGGUCAUGUGACAAUACCACAAUUGAUGUCUCUGGCGAAACAAUGCGCAUGCUCGCUCAAGAUGAUGAAAACGAUGACACCGCCGAGGUGACUUGGGAGGACCAGCAGCGGAUAAACACAUUCUCAAAGUUGAACACGCGACGUCAAAAUCUGGAGGAGAAGAUGGAGGGGUUGAAGCAAGAAAAGGAAACACUCGACGAUUUAGCCAUGGAAAUCGAGCUCGCGGACGAGGACCAACCUAUCAUGUACAAAGUUGGAGAAGCAUUCCUCCAUCUAUCUCACGCUCGCGCCAUGAAAAGACUGGAGAAGGACCAACAUCGUCUCACCGAUGAGUUGUCUAAGCUCAACGAGCGUGUUGAAGAUUCUGAGAAGACGAUGAAGGAGCUGAAGGUGCUACUGUACGCGAAGUUUGGUCGGGCGAUCAAUCUCGAUGAGUAG